UAGAAGCUCAAAACCAAGCAAGAAGAGCAACGCGGCCGUCCACCGGAGCCGCCACGAAUCAGAGCGAGCCCGUAGCCCUCCGGCGGCGUGCCCUCCCUCCUCGGAGAGCGAUUCGCCGCCGUGCGUCCCCCGCGAGCUCCUGCUCCAAGGUCGUCCCUAUCCCUAGGGUUCCUUCCCCGCCGCCGCCGCCGCCCUCACAGGAGGAGGAGUGGAGUACAUCGCCAUGGCGGGUAGGCUCCUCGCGAAUCUGAUCGUCUGUGGCGGAAGCAUUGUGGGCAGGGCCGUGCUCCAGGCAUACCGCCAAGCCAUCGUCAAUGCGAACAAAACUGGAGCUGCCCAAGAAGCUAUAAAUGGUAUUAGACGGGCUAGCAAGGCCAUGACUGAGCAAGAAGCCCGGCAAAUACUUGGUAUCAGUGAAAAAUCGACUUGGGAGGAGAUUGUUCAGAAGUAUGACACGAUGUUUGAGAGGAAUGCGAAGAACGGGAGUUUCUAUCUCCAAUCAAAGGUUCAUCGUGCAAAAGAAUGUCUGGAACCUUUGUAUCAAAAGGCUGAUGUACCAAACUGAGACUGCGUAGACGCCUAGCAUCCGUUUGAAGCACUAUGCUUGACUGAUCAAUUUACCGAUGCGGCUAGAGAUGAUGAUUCUGUUUUGAGUUAUGUUGGUUGCGUCAGGUUGAUUGGUUGUAACGGGACGCAGCUUUGCUGGACUCAGAAUAAUGUUUAACAAAGAUGCGAGAUUUUGUCCGAUUCU